AUGAGUGUGGCAAACUCAGAUAACAGUGAUUCCAUGAGGUUGCACAAUCUCUAUGGUUCCCCUUACUACUGGAGCUACAUCCCUACAGAACCAAGAGAGGUGUUCCUGAAAAGCUACCACAGAAGGCUCCGUGGUCAAUACGGGCCGCCAAUCGUAAAGCCUGUCCCUCAGUCUUUCGCGUGCCAUUACAGCAGAGGGAUUCUCAGCAAAGAUUGCCUAAGUGGGGAAGAAGCAAGGCAGCGGUUUGAAGGCGAGAGAGUGACUCAUUGGCACGAAAGACUGCAGAACCAGAGAGCUCUACAAGACUGGAGAAUGAGGAAGAGGGACUACACAAGAGACAGUGUGAAGUGGGAUUCUGUGCAGUUUGCUGAGUCAGGUGCUGACUUUUCCAGGCACAAACAUUAUUCUGAGUUGAAGGAUUUAUCCCCGGAUGGAAGGACAGAGGAUCUAUCAAGUGACGCCAGGUCAGAAGAUCUCCACAAUCAGCAGCUUCCUGUGACUCAGCCUACAUGUUCCAACACUGAGCAGUCGAAGUGGGGCAGUGAGGAACAAACAAGAGAGGAGCUCCCCCUGCUGGCCAGGAGUGAAGGUGCAGAGGCCCAAAAGCAGCAGGCUUCUACCUGGUUGCUGUCUCGCUUUGUGGAGGGCUCUCUGAUAGAGCUGGUUGGGGGUAAGCUGAAGCGAGUGGAGGACUUAAAGAUGGAGGAUUUCGAGAUCUGCACCCAGUCAUGCCCAGAGCUGAGUCUGAGGAGAUUUACUGUGCAGAAGAUCACACACUCACCCACACCUGGGCUGACAUGUUUAGAGGUGGAGUUGGAGGAUGAGCUCCACUCUAAGUUGUCUUUGGAGGUGUGUGAGGAGUACCCAUUCUUCGUGUGUGGCCGCGGCUGGUCUUCUUGCAGCCCUGAGAGGACGGCCCACGUGUGCUGCCUCCGCUGCCACCAGCUGCACUUGGGAGACGUCUGCCUGGCUCUAGCACCUGUGCGCACCCCAGCUGCCACGCCCACCCAGCCCGGCACAGACGAGGGUGAUGGCGGACACCUGGAUCAGGUGAAUGGUACAGAAAAGUCGGCAGAGGUAGCAAGAGCAGGGAAACGGCGAAAGAGACACCGCUCAGCCCCCGAACUCAGGAAUAUACUACAACAUGAAAUGAGAUCAUAG